AUGCCUGACCUUGGCAAAGACUGUUUAUCACUUUUCUUUAUGUUUUGUCUUCUGGGGAAACCUUACCAGGAAGCUCACGAGCGUCUUUUGGAAAUCCCUGUCACUCGAGAGCAAUUAAACCACUACCGGAAUGUGGCCGAAAACACCCAAAGUGAACUUGCAGCCAUUUUGGUCAAAUUUGAAUGUGCCCAGUCGGAGCUUCGAGACCUCCGAUCCAAGAUGCUUUCUAAAGAAGUUUCCUUCCAAGAGCUGAAAGCGGAAAUGGAGAACUACAAAGAAAAUAAUGCCAGAAAGUCGUCUCUCCUCACCUCCUUGAGAGACAGAGUUCAGGAGCUAGAAGAAGAGUCGGCAACACUUUCUACUUCGAAAAUCAGAACAGAAAUCACAGCUCAUAAUGCAAUCAAGGAGAACCAGGACUUGAAGAAGAAAGUUGUUGAACUCUAUGAGAAGUUACAGAAGUGUUUAUCAGAAAAUGAGGAGACUAAGAAUCAAAUCUCAAAGAACUGCAGGAAGCAUGAGGAAUUUCUAGCUCAACUUCGAGACGGCUUAGAUGCAGAUAAGAAGAAUGAUGAGGCCUCAGAUGAAGAUUUGAUUUUAAAGCUUCGAGAGCUGUGUAAGGAAAAUGCAGCCAUGAAAGGACAAAUUGCUACUCUUGAAGAGACUGUAAAUGUCCAUGAGAUGGAAGCAAAAGCUAGCAGAGAAACGAUCAUGAGGCUGGUUUCCGAAGCAAGCAGAGAGCAGAAAACAGCUGCCUCCUGUCUUGGAGAGAACGAGAAGCUGAAGCAGGACUUGCUCCAUGCUGCAGAGGCAAGAGAUGCUCUUGAAAGGGAAGUUAAAAUCUUCCGAGACAGGCUGCUUGCUGGCCAGCGGGCCUGGGAGGCCUCUAAGCAGGAGCUGAACCUCUUGAAGAAGGGCUCCUGUGAUCUAGAGAAGAGUUUGAAGGACAGUCGGGAGGCAACCACGGUCUCGCAAAGCCAAUAUUCCUCAUUUAGGGAGAAAAUUGCAGCCCUCCUUAUGGGCGGCUCGUGUGGAGUCGCAUCCACGGAGGACGCCAUUUUGGAGAGGAUCCGAGAAAUGGGCGUCCAGGAGGAGAGCAGGAGAAAGAUGGUCUCCCAGCUUGAAGCCCAAAUAUCUGAGCUUGUUGAACAGUUGGGAAAUGAGUCUGGAUUUCACCAAAAAGCUCUCCAGAGGGCCCAGAAGGCAGAAAACAAGUUGGCUACCCUUCAGGGUCAGCUGACACACCUGGAAGGAGAGCUGGUUUCCGGAGAUGUUUUGCGAGAUAACUUGAAUUUUGAGAAACAAAAAUAUCUUAAAUUUCUGGAUCAACUCUCAGAGAAAAUGAAAUUGGACCAGAUGGCAGCUGAACUUGGCUUUGACAUGCGUUUGGAUGUAGUUUUGGCUAGAACAGAUCAGCUGGUCCGCCUUGAGAGCAAUGCCGUCAUCGAAAAUAAGACUAUUGCCCACAAUUUACAGAGAAAGCUGAAGACCCAGAAAGAAAGACUGGAGAGCAAAGAGCUACACAUGAACCUUCUCCGGCAGAAAAUCACCCGGCUGGAGGAGGAGAAGCAGGUGCGGACGGUGCUGGCCGUGGAGAGGGAGGAGGCCCAUCUUGCCAUCAGGAGGUUGCAGAAGAAGGUGGAGAAGCUGCAGAAGGAGCUGAAUGAGAGCCGAGAGCUGAACACUGAACUCAAAGCCAAAUUGGCCGACACCAACGAGCUUAAGAUUAAGACUUUGGAACAAAACAAAGCUAUCGAAUACCUACAUAAAUCCAGAGACAAACUGGAGAAGAUGAAGGAGAAAGCCGAGAAAAAGUUGAUGUCUGUUAAGUCAGAGUUGGACACGACAGAACAUGAGGCCAAGGAGGACAAAGAGAGGGCCAGGAACAUGAUCGAAGUGGUCACCAGUGAAAUGAAGACGCUGAAAAAAUCCCUGGGAGAAGCUGAAAAGAGAGAGAAACAGCUGGUGGACUUUAGGGAGGUGGUUUCCCAGAUGCUGGGCUUGAACCUGACCAGUCUCGCUCUUCCUGACUACGAGAUCAUCAAGUGCCUUGAAAGACUGAUCCAUUCGCACCAACAUCACUUUGUGCCGUGUGCCUGCCUCAGAGAUGUGGCCAGCGGGCAAGAGAGACCCUCUCAAGGCCUCUUAAAACUUCCAAAUUGA